AAAAAAACCCGAGCUAUUUCUUUCUGGGUGGGUCUUUUGGCCUUACUGCUGUCCUCAGGCUUCCAGCCCCGGGUCCCUUAGAACAGAGGAACAAAUGUGAUGCCCUUAUCGUAUCCACCAUCUUGUAGCUAUCUAUAUCCCUUCCUUCUCUAGGGAAGUCAGCGUAUUUAAUUUUUUCUGUUGAAUAAAGGGGUGGGGAUACAAAAUGAAUUGUAGUUCCCUGAUUGCCUGAAUGGAUUUUCUUUACAAGACAAAUGAAUGUAGCAAAACCUAGUGUUGCUUUUCUAGCUCCAAAAGCUGUUUCCUGGUACUACCUCCCAGCAUUCCUCUGUUGUGCUCUGCAGCUUUCUGCCUGAACCCACUGUUAGCACAAUUUCACAGCCAGUGGGCCUUCCUCAUGCUUGCUUAUGGUGUGUUAUUUCUUCACAACUUUGAAGCAAAUUCCUGUACUACUGUUUCGUGUUCCUGGUUUAUCACAGUCUCUGAAUGUAAUCUGUUCUCUUAUCUUCCAUACCAACUGUUCAUGAAUAAACACACUUGAGUCUGGAGAAGUCUUUUCCAGUGUUGAGUUUACCCAUGUGGAUGCUAAACGUCAGUUUCCACCUUCCUUUCUCCUGUUUCCUAGGCCCAGCAAAUUCUGAACUAUGCUUUGAAAGGACUUUAGCUCAGCCUUUGGAGUUGCCGUGCACCUCCAUGAGAUAUUCAGAUUUCUUUUUCCAAUAUUAAUUUCCCUCCCUUAGAAAUUGGCACUACAUGAUUGGAUGGAAAAUACUCAUUGUGAUUAUUCCCAGUUAGAAUGGGGAAGACUCUGAAAGCCCAACUUGCCGCAUUCCUGAGAAUGGCCAGAUUGUGCAAUCUGGGAAAAGCAGACCUGUGUGUGAAGAGAAAUCUUUAUGUUCUGAAAGAUAAAUUACGGCCAAGUGGGAUUAUGCAAGAUGAAACAGGGGAUUGCUCCACUAACUGAGUGACAGUAUAUAUAGAUAGCCUCAGCUACAUCUCCUCAACAAGUGACACAAGCCACUUACCAGGAGUCUCAACAGGAACUGACAGCCCAGGCCCUACAGCAGGAUGAAGUCAUCCAUUGCCAUCAUUUUUUGCUUCUUGGUCCUGGGAGUUGACAGCCAAAGAUGGUUCCAGUUCAUGAAAGAGGCUGGUCAAGGGACUAGAGACAUGUGGCGCGCUUACUCUGACAUGAAGGAGGCCAAUUGGAAAAACUCAGACAAAUACUUCCAUGCUAGAGGGAACUAUGAUGCUGCCCAAAGGGGACCAGGAGGAGCCUGGGCUGCUAAAGUGAUCAGUGAUGCCAGAGAGGGUAUUCAGAGAUUCACAGGACGUGGAGCAGAGGACUCAAGAGCUGACCAGUUUGCCAAUGAAUGGGGUCGGAGUGGUAGAGACCCCAACCACUUCCGACCUGCUGGCCUGCCUAGUAAAUACUGAGUUUUCUCUUCAUGUUGUUCCCAGCCAUGCAGACCCCAAGGAAAGAGGCAAUUACUGAAUUGAAUUAGUUCCUAAACUCUGGAUCCCUAAGCACCCCAAAAUGUUGAAUAAAUACUUGUGAAAUGUAACUUGUCACUGUCAUUUGAAAGAGCACAGGGUAGUCAUAUUGAGGAUUGUGGGCCAUGGGAAUGACCAAGAAACACCACUGUUUUUGUUUUUUAAAGAAAGAUAUGAAAAGAUAGGAAUUGGAGUAUAACUCUAUAUGUCCAUACAUGGACCAAAACAUGUAUUAUGUAUCCCCUCAAACACAGGCAGAUAGCAAGAAAGUGCUGUGUACUGUUUUGGUUAUGAAGUUAAAAACUAGAUAAAAACCAAC